CCAGACACUGGAAGAACACCUGGAGCAUUUGCGGAAGGUCCUAGACCGAUUGCGGGAGCACGAAUUAUAUGCAAAGCUAUCCAAGUGCUCCUUUGCUCAGAACCAAAUCGACUUCCUCGGACAUGUCAUCGAGGAAGGGCGGAUCAAGAUGGACCAACAGAAGAUUCAGGCCAUCACAGAAUGGCCGCCUCCUACGGAUAUCCUCGGCUUGAGGUCGUUCCUUGGCCUAUGCAACUUCUAUCGGCGUUUUGUGAAAAGUUACUCCCUUGUUGUAGUGCCGCUGACAGAACUCCUUAAGAAGGUCACACCGUGGGAUUGGGGCCCCAAGCGGGCAGAGACCUUCGACGCUUUGAAAAUGGCUAUGUCUAGUAGCCCAGUAUUGGCCCUCCCUGACUUGGCCAAGCCAUUCGAAGUGCAAACGGAUGCCUCCGACUAUGCACUUGGUGGAGUAUUGCUACAAGAAGGGCACCCCGUAGCGUACGAGAGCCGGAAACUGAAGGAUGCAUAG